AUCUGGGCAACAGAGACUACUGCUUAUUACAAAAAUACGGCGGGAAAAUGGAUGAUGUGGAAAGUGAAAGUUGUGUUGUCAGAAAUUUAGAAGAUGUUGAGUCUGUAUUAAGUUUUGCCAAGUUAGAGAGAAGGGAUAUAAAACCUACAGUGCAAUGUGUUAUAUUCUCACAGGAACUAGACAAUGAUAGUAUUAAAUUACUAGAACUAGAUUCUACAGUUCUUAAAUGUUUAACAGUUGGUGAUAGGGUUGUAAUACGAGGAGAUAAAGAUGAUGGUGCUGUUCUUUGUACUAAAGAUAAAACAUACGAAAUGAAAGAAGCAGAAACAUCAAAUUCUUUACUUAUAAUUCCUGAUUUAAAGUUUGGUGCCGAUUUAUCAAAUGAUGGGGAAGUUCACAUCACAUAUAACCAGGUUACAUCUGUCUUAAAUAAUUAUUAUGAAUUACGACCAUGUAAACCUAAGGUUAAGAAAAUGAAAGAGUUAUUAGAGAAGAAUCUUUAUAGUGGUAAAGAAUGUGAACAAGAUGAACAGCACCAGGGGAAAAAAUAUACCUAUAGUGAUUUGUUAGAUGUUAUACAAGCAAGUGAUACAGAAAUAACACAAGCUCUACAUCAUAUUAAAGCCUGUUUAAUUGAUGGUUAUUGGCGAUUGUUAGAUUUUGAUUUUCAAACUCAAAUUAUUAACCAUAUAAUGCAACUGUGUGAUGAAAAUGAUUGGUUAAAUUCUGGGAUACCAAUGGAGGAAUGUUGUCAGACAUUAGAGGAACUGUUCCAAAGAUCUGUGAUAGAGCAUAUGAUUGAUUGUUACUGUGAUAAAAGAAUAGAAGAAACAAAUGAAAAUGUAUUUAAGAUAAAUGAGGAUAAAGUUUGUCGUUUUUUUGCUGAGUUGCUAUUAAGAGGGUCAGGACAGUUCAACUACAAAGAAUUUUUACAAGUAUGGCAGCAAAGUGUUCCAGAUGGUAUGAAAACCAAUAUGUGUCAACUAGAGGGCUUGGCAUUAACUAAUUUAGAUUGUAAUAUACCAGUUAUAUGGCAUUUUCCUGUGGAUGAUCUACCAGAAGACAUCAACGAAAGAUUUGAUUUCUUGUUUCGAACUCGAGAGAAAUGGACAAGAGAUGAUAUAACACCAUAUAUAAAGGACUUGGUAACAGAUAAAUUAGAUGUUGGUGCUCUAUUAACCAGACAUGCAAGAGCUUCUCUACAGAACGGAAUUAAAGUUUUUAACUCCAGAAAGCCAUUAAAUAAAUAAAAUUAUUUCAUACUAAAUAAAUUGUUUAUAUAUGUAUGCUUCAUUUUUAUAUGGGCUACAUUGAAAGGGGAUCGAAUAUUUCCCUUGUCAGUGAUGCAGGACGGAGGGCCUGACAAGGACAGCUGUC